GGUCGCGACGCAUGGCCCGGAAGCAAGUGCUGGCUAUGCGGGCUCUACGGGGCCUGGCCCGAGGGACGAUCCUUAUCCUGCUGUGACCCCGCUGAGCAUUGGUCCGCCGGCGCAUGCUGGUGGCCCUUCUCCACCACCUCCGGGUUUGGAAAGCACCUCGCCACACCCGCCCUCUUCCAAGGAGCGAGCUCCGCGGGAAGGUGCCAGACAGGAUAAAAAGUCUGCCUCCAAGACACCUCCGCCCUCGGCUGCCAGACACAGCCAGAUCGAGGACAAGUUACAAGCCAAGAGGCAUGCCAUGUCUGCCUUCGGUUUAUCGGGCGGUGCUCCAUCUGCUACUGUGCCCCGCAUUGUGGCGGACGACGAGGACGACAUGGAUCAGAUGUUGGAUGCAGCCGCUCCUGGGGCAGUUCAUGCUCGUGUGAAUCUUUUCCAAGAGGAGACUUUGUCGUCCUCUAUCCACUGUCAUGGGGUAAGGGGCCAAAGAGAUGUAUCGGUGGCUCAGGGACAUCCUCCUUCCCCAUGCAGUGAUUGCCCGUGUGAUGCCUGUGAGCGGCUAGUUGCUGCAUUUCUUCUGUGCCUCGCGGACUUUCUCGUCCCGUUUGGCCGCAGCCUUCUUUUCUGCCUGUUCCUUUCACUGUUGCGGCUCCUCUCCCUGGCGCGGCGCGGCCAGCCAAUGCCCUUUGGCAUCCUUCUCCGUUUGCCCCUUGCUGGCGCUGAUCCGCUCCUCUGUGUGUCGCUUGGCAGUCCUACAACUUCAGCCGGUUCAAGAGCUACUGGGAUACGAGGUCGCUUUUCAUGGUGUGCCUUCGUGAUGGCCUUUCUGAGCGUGCCGUAUCCUGAUAUCGACACGACGGUUGGCAGCUAUGCCUUCUGCUUUGCUGCCCUGUGGUUUACGAUCUGCCUGAUGUUCCGUGGCAUGAUGCUGAUCGGGAAAGGACCUGCCUUGGGGGUCCAUUUGUACACCCCGCACUGUAAGCCUGUCAGCUUGUUUGUGAAGGCCCCUGAAGGCAUCAUAGGUCAUGCACAUGAUGGGGACGCUGCUAUCGUAGUAGAUUUGACUCAUGCACAUGGGGCAUAUUCUGCCACGGUGAUGCCCAAAUCCUUGUCAUAUGCCGAGCUGCUGAAUUUUGUUGACCCAGCGGCUGCUGACGAGGAUCCUCCCUUCUGGGUCUAUAUUGGCGGACGCCAGACCCCUUGGCCUUGUCAGGCCAUGGUCACUCUACGUGAUGGCGAUGUUGUGACUGUCGUUCGCCAUGGCAUCCCUCCGCCUUCUAGGCCUUCUAGGCUGCUUGCUGAGACUCUUGCCAAUCCUCGCACCUGGGGUCCGGCUGAGCACUUCUUUGAGAUCGGUCUGCUCCCUAGCACUUGCGUCAUGUGUGGCGGCAAACGGUAUUGUGUUGCACCGCGCCACCACACUGAUCAGACAUUGAUCCAACAUACAGUGCAGAGUCUUCGGCUUGAUGUGCAUCGUAUUGCCACGUGCACCUUUCGCACAGAUGAGUUCGACGUUCGUGGCCACAAUUGUCGAUGGACCGUAGCUGUUGCAGACGUGCCGGCAAUCGCUGACUCUGAAGCCUCGCGUUCUCGCCAGGAUUUUUUCGUCUUGUGUGAUUUGCGACCGCUUGGCCUAAAACCUGUUUUCCUGCAUACUCACGCGCCCAAGAUUCAUGUGCCGAGUUUUCUUUCGGACUUUGGCAUCGAGCUGCCCCCGGCGGUUCAACUUUGCAUUCAGGGCGGUAAGUUUCGGCAGGAUUAUGUGUCCUUUAACGAGAGCUGCAUCCUUCUGUUCUUCACAGUUGAGGCUGACCCAUCUCUGAGGGAUGAUUCGAGCUCGGAAGCUGGGGCUGGCCACGAGUCCUACGAACCCAGUUCUGCCUCUCCCCCUCUUGAUUUAUCUGUUGAUGAUGAGGGGCUUGCAGAUCUCCUAGUUGUAACAGCUGACCCCGGUGUCGCUGCUGGAUUGAUUGACCCGACGGAGUCGCAAACAGAUGCUGCGCGUGCUUGGGACGCUGGUGACGAGGAGACGAGGGAGGCUUCAGGUGUUGAGGCUGCACGUCAGGAGGCUGACACGUCCUCGCCUGUUGAACCGGUGGGUCUGCGUGCUUUUGUCUAUGUGCCUGACACCAUCCCCGAGUUGGUGCCUGGCGUCGCCGGAUGUUUGCGCAAGACUUGGCUCAGUGCCAAUGCCUUGGAGGGCCAGGAGUUUUCGUUGUGUCGUCAUGUGGGGAGCCAGUUUGAUUCAUGA